CGUAUGUCGGAAUCAGUCGGAUCAUGUGAUCAAUGGUCGAUAAGAUUGUCAAUCUUUUGCGAAAAAGUGCAGUGGACGAGUGUCAUAAAUAAAUGAAGGAACUAAUUACAGAAUAGCUAAUUAAAAGAAUUUGUGAAAAAGAUGAAUAAAGGAUUGCAUGAUUUGGCUGUACUGUAGGGUGCUAUUAUCAACACUGGACUUGUCACAGAUACAAGAAGACAAUAAAGAAUUUGUUAUUGGAAAUGCAUAUUUUUUUUUGCUAAUGUCUACUUUCAAAUUGUCGACAUAUUACUAGUCUGUUUAUUGCGCAUCAGCUGUUAUAAGCGAAGUGACGCGCUUGCGUUGCACGCUACUGCACGCUGUAUAAGCAAUGAGGGAUCUGUCAGUAGAUAUUCCGGAGUUAUCAAAUGAUUCACCUGAAAUGGAUCUCAGCAUUCGGCCAGAGAGACAAAGAUUCCCUUUUUGCAUCGUUUGGACUCCAUUGCCUAUACUAAGUAAAUACUUUCUGCCAUUUAUUGGACACAUGGGCAUUGCAACGUCAACAGGAGUCAUAAGAGACUUUGCUGGUCCUUAUUACGUCUCCGAAGACAACAUGGCAUUUGGUAAACCCACCAAAUACUGGCAGCUGGAUUAUACUAAAGCCAAGGGUGGCGUACAUGGAUGGGAUGCUGGAGUGGCAGAAGCUAGUGAAAUUUACAAAACCAGAAUGCACAAUAUAUGUUGUGACAAUUGCCAUUCGCAUGUAGCAAGAGCUUUGAAUUUGAUGUCGUACAACAAUUCAAGCAAUUGGAACAUGGUAAAACUUGCAUUUUUCAUCUUGAUUCAUGGGAAAUACGUAAGCUUUCUAGGUUUUCUUAAGACUUGGUUACCUUUCUGCAUACUCUGCAGCAUAUUCUUUUGCAUAUACACAAUUUCAUACUCUUCUGCUUUGCAUUAAGUCUGUAUAUUAAGUAUAAAACGUAAGUCAAUUAUAAAUUAUACAUUUAAGAUCUUAACUUUGUGCUAUUUAAUGAAAUUUCAUAAUUAAAAGUAUCUUUAUAUGAAAAUACAGCCUAAUCAAAAUAGUAUCAGUUCUUGGCAUUGCAUCUGUAUCAGUUAUUAAAAUUGUAUAUAGAACUUAACAUAAGAUCUAUGAGAUGUCAUGCCAAAUUCUGGCAAUAAAAAAACGCAAUAUCUAUCCAUAUUUAUAACAUAUUAAAGUAAUUUAUUUAGAUUAAAAUAGUAAAAAUUGUUUAAUUUUUACAAAAUCAUGUACAUAUUGACUAUACAAAUAUAAUAAAAUUAUACGCAAGUUACAUGGCUUUUGACAACAUUUUGUAUCAUACACAUCUAAAGAAAGUAAUUAUUUUUAUUUAUAUUAUAAUUAUUAUUCAAUUUAUGCAAUUAAUAUAAGUUUUAUAUUGCAUAAUGAACUGCAAAACAUCAAACAUAUGCUUUAAUUACAUACAUAAACACUAUGGCAAUUUUGGAGAUUAAAACUCUCUAUCUCCUUAAGCACAAAUUACAUAAAUUAAAAAGUGAGCCGUAAGCGACUAUCUUUUCUUUUAUAUUAAUAAAUAACUCUGAUGAA